UUUAAAUUUAUUAUGUUACAGAAAGUGAAGUUAAGCAGGCCAUGGAGAAAGGGGACAUAGGCCUUGGGGAAAUAAAACACAAGAAAAAUGGAAGCCAGGCUAGUCCUAAUAGCGUUGAACAAGGAGAUAUUCCUUACGAUCCCCAUGUACAUAGGCAGGUGGAACAUCCAACCACAAAUACCGAGACCCUCAUUCACUUGCUUAAGGGAAGUCUGGGAACGGGAAUCCUCGCCAUGCCUGAAGCGUUCAAGAAUUCGGGACUCGUAGUCGGGUCUAUAGCUACCGUCAUCAUCGGUGCCAUAUGUACAUACUGCCUUCAUGUUCUGGUACGGGCUCAGUAUGAGUUGUGCAAGAAACUAAAGGUUCCAGUAUUAACCUAUCCUGAGUCAAUGAAAUUGGCAUUGCAAAAUGGACCACAUUGGCUAAGGCCUUUUGCGAAUGUAUCUGCGCCAAUCGUCGACGUCUUUAUGAUUUCUUACCAACUUGGGAUAUGUUGUGUAUAUAUAGUUUUCGUAGCUACUAAUAUAAAAAAUGUGGCAGAUACAUACAUGACAGCACUAGAUGAAAGGAUAUGGAUGUUAAUUCUUCUCCUCCCCCUUAUCCUCAUAAAUAUGAUCAGAAAUCUGAAAUUACUCGCACCAUUUUCUCAGGCUGCAAAUGUUAUCACUUUCGUUGGUCUGGGUAUAGUUAUGUACUAUGUUUUUGAUAAAUUACCUCCUAUUUCCGAAAGGGAAUAUGUUGGCAACCCCAGGAACUUCGCCCUUUACUUUGGCACAACACUUUUUGCUUUGGAAGCAGUGGGUGUGAUAAUAGCAUUAGAAAAUAACAUGCAAACACCUAAGUCAUUUGGAGGAUAUUUUGGAGUUCUCAACAGGGGAAUGACAGGCAUUGUCAUUAUGUAUGUAUUCGUUGGAUUUUUCGGUUAUAUUAAAUAUGGAAAUGACUGCCUGGGAAGUGUGACACUUAAUCUUCCAGCCAAAGAAAUAUUAGCGCAAUCAGUGAAUGUGAUUUUUGCAAUAGCCAUUUUCAUCACAUAUGCUCUACAGUGUUAUGUGCCAGUUGAAAUCAUAUGGAACACUUAUAUGAAGAAGAGAUAUGAAAACAGCAAGCAUCGUCUCCUUGUAGAAUACAUCAUGAGGACUGGUGUUGUCAUAACAACUUUUCUUCUUGCUGUCGCUAUUCCCAGACUUGCUCUCUUCAUCUCAUUGUUUGGAGCUCUGUGUUUAUCAGCUUUAGGUAUUGCAUUUCCGGCCAUCAUUGAGAUUUGUGUCUACUGGCCAGAUCGUCUGGGUCCUUUUUACUUCACUCUGUGGAAAGAUCUUCUGCUGAUAUUAUUUGGAAUCCUUGGCUUAGUAGUCGGAACUGGUACCAGCAUCAAUGACAUCAUUGUUUCCUUUCAAUAA